AUGUUGACGACCUGGACAGAACACCGAGAAGUGGAAUUCCGACCCGCAAAGAGGGUCUGCAAUGAGCUGCACCUCACACCUCCAUCAAAAGCUGCUCCUGAUACCCGGGAACACGCGCUGAACUGGGAGCGCUUUCUCUUGCAAAAGCGAUUACAGCGCCGCAUUCGAAUCGCGACGAACCGCCACGGAGCUGAGCACGUUCGUAGCACCAUCGCGCUGAGUCUUUCUGCCGAUGGAACCAGGCUCGCAUCGACGCAUGGUGACCAUGUAGUGCGGACCUAUCGAAUACGUCGAGGAGAAACGGAGAAUGCGCGCCCGGAAUCCUCGCAAGUACGUGAACUGUGCCAGGAUACUGGCUGCUCGUUCUCACUCGAAUUAAGCGCUGAAUUGUACGGUCAUCCGCGUACUCCGUGGAGUGUGCAUUUUCACCCGCGUGACUCCGACCUCAUGGUGAGCGGUUGCCUCGGAGGUCACUGUUACGUCUGGUAUCGUGAUCAAUGUGUAGCGCGAUACACUGUAAGUGAACAGCACCCGGAGAACUUUGCCUUCUUCCCGGAAUAUGGACCAUCCAGCAUCAGUUGUGUGGUUUUUGAUCCGUCUGGGGAAGUCGUCAUCAUUGCUGCGCGACGGUCGCUCUUUUUCUGGCAAUGGCGGCGGACGCUCUGGUCGCGAACACUUCUUCGAACGAUGACAAGACCGAUGAUUGGAGCGGGUACUGCGGCCACACGAGAGCCCUCUCCGCGUCAUGCUUUGUACGGAGAUCGAGGGCGUCGGUCUGCAGCUGCUGGGCAAACGACCAAUACGAACAGAGUGCUCGUGGGAGCGUCGACUUACAGUGCGGGUCGUGAAGCUCAUAUCCAUACGCGCACUGCUCUGGAGGAUCGAGUGACUCGGGGAGAUACGCGCGCCUCGAGCGUUGCCACAGCGAGCACGCUCGACACCGCUGCAUCUUUCGAUACGAUCGGCGCUGGUCGUUCAGGGGCGCUCGCUGGUGACGCUGCAAGCUUCCAGACUUCCCUGGGGAGCGCUUCACGCUUUCCCUGGCCUCCGGACCGAGAGCGACAACGGCAAGCCGUUGGGUCCAGUUCAGUGGCAGGGAUCGUGGGAACUCGGCGAGCACGCCACGCUAGCCGGCAGAUUCAGAAUGCACGUUCGAACGAAAACGCAGAUGAAGCUGACCUCAGCGCGCAGCACCCUAUGGACAUGCAGCGAGUAACUGCGGGGCGGCCUGAGCGGCAUCCCGCUGAAUCCACCGACGAAACCCUGGUAGAGGACUCGCAGCAGCGCUCUGCCUGCUAUUACCUAGGCGUACCAAUUCAUUUGGUGAAUGCACUCGCAGGGGCCUCCAUCCUGCUUGUUGGGACGCGUUCACCGGUGCUCUCCACGGAACAGGAAGCGGAACUUUUCCGUGUGGCGGCCGCUCCAUUCACCCUUGAUAUUCAGCUGUACCAGCUGAGAGAAGAGCCGCUGAGAUAUAUCGACAGCGCUCCCAACAGUAGUAGUAAUGGUGACGUUGGUGGCAGCGGCUACGGCUUCCAGAGAAGCCGCAGCACGCCCGUGUGCAAUACAUUGUGCCCUGGAGUCUUGAUCGGCAAAAUACCUCAGGUCGUCGCAUACAACGAGGCGGGUAUCAGCGUAUCCACGGAUGGUCGGUAUCUGCUCGUCUGCAUCCUGCAGUCACAGCUACGCCGACCACCGCCCCACUGUCCGAGCGAUAGCCACGCGAGCAGCCUCCACAGUGGCACCGAGCGCAGCGCGCCUCGCUCGCAUGGAGCCGGCGUACCUCGAAGCGCAGUGCGCUCCCCAGUACCUGAUACCGCACAUGCCCCAGCAGGCUUGGAGUCGCGGAACGUUUGGGUACGUGCUGCCCAGGAACGUGUUCCCAGUGGUGGUGCCUCAACCUUUGUCGCGCACAUCGUUAUCUAUGAGAUCCUACCUGUUUCUGCGGUAUCGGGACAAGCGCGAAAAUCUCCUGUCCUUGAUUCGUGUUUUUUAACCAGUAUCGAUGGUGCGGUUUCUUCAGUUGAGCUUCGAGAACGGGCUCGUAUGCCCCUGGAUGCAUGUCAUACGAGGGCGUUGACGAAUCUACGGUUUGUACCAUCCCCGAAUACUGGGUUCGGGAAGGUAUCGCCCGACAGGGAUCGAAUCUAUUUUCUAGCGGGUUACAGUUAUCGGGAGAGUAUGACACACUCGGAAACGCUGGAAGCAGCUGAAAUGAGACCUAUUUUGGACUUGUUUGAAGCGGACCUGCGCACGGGGUCCAUGCACUGCCUCCGAUCGAUCCCGGCAGCGAGGCCACAUGCUGGCAUUGCACCCGGAGAUGCCUCGACUGCUCUUGACUGGAGAUCUUUCGAGGAAGUGGAUGGGAUUAACUGCGCCCUGUUUCUGCCGAUGUAUUCUGCGAAUUACCCCCAGCUUGUGCAGGGUAUCGUUUACGGCACGCAGCGCGGUGAUAUCUAUGCGCUCGUGGAUUAG